GCCAGAUCGUCACUUGAGGGACUUGACUCUCCUUUUGAAGCCUCCUUGUCCUCUGUCCUUCUUCUGUUGCUCUCUACCUCUCUCUGUUUUUUCGAGAAUUCAGGCUUGUAAAGCAGAGUCAACUCUACCCUAAAGUUUCAACCAUGAGCUUCAGCAGGACAAGCUACUCCAGCGGCGGCAGCAGCAUGGGCGGCAGCAGCAUGAGCGGCGGCAUGGGCGGCGGCAUGGGUGGCGGCAUGGGUGGCGGCACCAGCAUUCGCAGGAGCUUCACCAGCCAGUCAAUGAUUGCCCCCGGAUCCACCAGGAUGAGCAGCGGAUCUGUCCGCCGUUCUGGCGCCGGGUUCGGUGGUGGCAUGGGCAUGGGCGGAGGCAGCAGCUUCGGCUACAGCAGCAGCAGCAGUGCAGGUGGCUACGGUGGUGGUCUCGGUGCAGGAUUCGGUGGUGGUAUGGGUGGUGGAUUCGUUUGCGCCCCCAUCACAGCUGUCACAACCAACCAGAGCCUGCUGGCCCCCCUGAACCUGGAAAUCGACCCCAACAUCCAGGUGGUCCGCACCCACGAGAAGGAGCAGAUCAAGACCCUCAACAACCGCUUCGCUUCCUUCAUCGAUAAGGUGCGUUUCCUGGAGCAGCAGAACAAGAUGCUGGAGACCAAGUGGAGCCUCCUGCAGGACCAGACCACCACCCGCUCCAACAUCGACGCCAUGUUUGAGGCCUACAUCUCCAACCUGCGCAGACAGCUUGACGGCCUGGGCAACGAGAAGAUGAAGCUGGAGUCGGACCUGCACAACAUGCAGGGUCUGGUUGAGGACUUCAAGAACAAGUAUGAAGAUGAAAUCAACAAGCGUGCCUCAGUGGAGAACGAGUUUGUCCUGCUGAAGAAGGAUGUUGAUGGUGCCUACAUGAACAAGGUGGAGCUGGAGGCCAAGGUUGACGCUCUUCAGGAUGAGAUCAACUUCCUCAGGGCCGUCUACGAGGCGGAGCUGCGUGAGCUGCAGGGCCAGAUCAAGGACACCUCUGUCGUGGUGGAGAUGGACAACAGCCGUAACCUGGACAUGGACUCCAUCGUGGCCGAAGUGCGCGCUCAGUACGAGGACAUCGCCAACCGCAGCAGAGCUGAGGCCGAGACCUGGUACAAGCAGAAGUAUGAGGAGAUGCAGAGCUCUGCUGGACAGUAUGGCGAGGAUCUCCGCUCAACCAAGACUGAGAUCGCCGAGCUGAACCGCAUGAUUUCUCGUCUCCAGAAUGAGAUUGAGUCUGUCAAGGGACAGCGGGCCAACCUUGAGGCUCAGAUUGCUGAGGCAGAGGAGCGCGGUGAGAUGGCGGUGAAGGACGCCAAGCUCCGCAUCAAGGACCUGGAGGAUGCCCUCCAGAGAGCCAAGCAGGACAUGGCCCGCCAGGUGCGUGAGUACCAAGAGCUGAUGAACGUCAAGCUGGCCCUGGACAUUGAGAUUGCCACCUACAGGAAGCUGCUGGAAGGAGAGGAAAGCAGAAUAUCCUCCGGUGGUGCAUCUGCAACAAUCCACGUGCAGCAGACCUCUGGCGGCAACUACUCCGGCGCAAGCUCAGGUGGAUUCGGCUAUGGCGGUGGCAGCGGAAGCUACGGCGGUGGCAGCAGCUUUGGCGGCGGCAGCAGCUUUGGCGGCGGCAGCAGCUACGGCGGUGGCAGCAGCAGCUACGGCAGUGGCGGAGGUGCCACCAUCACCAAGUCCGUGACAUCCACCAGCUCCAGCAGACGUUACUAGUGUCCUUCAACUCUCCACCCAAACCAGACUUAUACCAAUCCACGAUGGUACGCAGUACUCUUAGACACAGCAAUAUCCCUGUUGAGUUAAAAGUGAUGGGGGAACAUCUAGCAAACCUGAUGAUUUACAAUGAGAUUGAUGAAAUGUAUUUACGUUUCUUUUUCAAUCCCUCACAAGACAGAAAGAUAAGAAGAAGAAUACGGAAGUUGAAUUAUAGUGCCUUGAUAGUGGUUCACUGGAAAACAAUGAAUGUAUCAAUGUGUUAAUCCAGGCUCAAUAGCUGUUCUCCCCUCAUUCACAUCUACUCUUUACCAUAAUUAGCAGGUAACCCAGAAUGUAAAAGUGCCAGGUCCUCACAAGGCCUAAAUUCCUAAUUUUCUGCACUGACGAUUAAAGGAAUAGAAAAAGGAAAAAAAAGAAGAAAAAAAUUGUAAGAUCUUGAGGGAAAAGUUUAAACCAACCAUAAAGAAAGCUUGCUAGGGAUCCUCCUUGUAUCUUUGUCAGCUUGUAUGUUGCAUCUAAAUGCAUCAGUGGUUGUUGGGCAUAUUGUUCUAGUGUCACACUCAUAUCACACCCAUGAUCAUAAUCAAUCAACUAUGGACACUUGCUGAUUUGGCAGCUGAACGGAGAAAACCCUCCCACCCUUGUGGGAAUACCCUCAUAUUCAUUUAAGGGGAUUUAUGAAUGCUAUGAAAGCAAUUACAUCAUGUGUUCACGUAAACAAAAAUAGGCCUUGUUACUAACACAUGGCCUGUCUCUUUCAUAGUGUACUGAAGUAGCCAUACAGAAGCACCUGUAGUCAAUCUUCACUCGCAUAACUCUAAAGGAAAUACAUUUUUCUCAGAAGUUUACAUUUUUAGAGAGGUUUUCUGUAAAUAGUUUUCUUCUAUGCUUGGUUUUGAUUUUUAUGACCAUUAGAAGGAAACCAGAUUUAUUUGUGAAAGUUUUCUCAACAACCUACAUAAUUUGUGAAAAUUGACUUUUUAACACCAAAAAGAACAAAUUGAAUAAAUCUGCGAUCUAAAAUCA